GUACGCAGAGCUAGCUAGAGAGAGUGCAGUAGGCGUCGGUCAUAUUUCACCAUUUGCAGUUUCAACAUUUGCUGUCAAGAAGAAGACAUUAAAAACCUCAAGCUAGCUCGUGCUCGUGUCAUUAGUUUCAGUCAUGGAUUCCCUGUUUGGUGGUAAUAUGCAGGUGGUUGAUGCAGAUAUUGAGCCUGUGAUAUCAACAGGCCACGACAGACUCACCGAUGAGGAUAACGACCGGAACCCUGUCAAAGGCAACAUGAUCGGUCCGUCAUCAGGCGACCAGCCCCUCCACAAUGAGGGAAUGGACAGACAGUAUGGUACAACAACACCAACGAGCCCAAGAACGAGAUUAGCUAAUGAACAGGGAAGCAGAAGUAAAUCGCCGGGGGCCGUCGCAAGGUACGAAUCCAGAAAUAACAGUAGGGAAGAAGAUGGGGACGAUGAUGCUGUACUGGUACUCGAUGGAAGAGAACACUUAGGAGGACAAGUUGAAACUCCGGUCAGGGAGAAUGGAAGUCGGGACAGGGUAGACGAAGAUGCUAUUGCCACGGUUACCAGUGAUGCAAUUUCCGAGAUUGUGCAUUCAGAUGUUGAAGAUCUUUCACGAUGUGGCUGGUUUGGGUACUCCCCUCCUUUCGUUCAGAUUUUCAACAACCCCAGGGGCUUUCUCUUCUUCGUAUGUACACUGUCCUUGAUCCAGGGAAUGACUGCCAUGGGUCUAGUCUACAUCAGUAUCACCACCCUUGAACAUCGCUUCAGCCUGGACAGCUUCAAGAGUAGCUUCAUCUCCAGCGCCUACGACGUCUCCGCACUCUCUGUCUCCCUCCUAGUCACCUACCUCGGUGAGCAGGGCAACAAGCCCAGAUGGAUCGGCGUCGGUUCUGCCAUCUUCAGCCUCGGAUCGGUGAUAUUUGCGCUCCCGCAUUUCCUGACGGGGCUCUACGAUGCGGGCGAAUCGCCGAAUCUCUUGUGUCAAAGGCCUCCCGACAACAUGACUAGGUUGGACAGUUGCGACGGUAGCGGUGGUGCCGAAUCAGAUUUGGCUGUUUUUUACUGGGUAUUUAUCUUAGCACAGGUACUGCACGGAAUCGGAGUGUCACCCCUCUAUACGUUGGGCAUAACAUAUAUGGAUGAGAACUUGCAUGCUAAGGAUUUUGGAUUCUACCUUGGUAUCUUCAAUGCUAUGAGUGCAGCUGCACCAGGCCUGGGUUACGCACUGGGAGGAGUCUACCUCCGGGUCUAUACAGACUUUCAUGUAACGGACAGUGCUUUAGUAUCUCCUAGUGACCCGAAUUGGGUUGGGGCUUGGUGGUUAGGGUUCCUCCCCAAUGGCAGUCUUCUGUUCGUCAUCUCUCUUCUUAUGCUCGGCUAUCCUAAAGCAUUGCCUGGAUCAAAAGAAAUUGCCAGCAAGAGAAAGAGCGAAGUACAGCGGGGCCAGGAGUUUGAGUCUGGUCGAGGCUGGAAGAAGCGUCUGCAGGCCUUUCCGAGGGCCGUUCUCAACCUCAUCACCAAUAUUCCUUUCAUAUGUGUGUGCUUCUUCGUCACAUGAUAAUGUUUCUAUUCUUCUGGACUGUCUGUGUUUGGGCCUAAGUACAUGGAAUCUCAGAUGAAUAUCUCCUCUAGUGAUGCAGCAUUCUAUUUGGGUCUCCUGACGAUGGCUGGCACGGUGACAGGUGCCUUGAUUGGAGGCUGGAUCAUCAAGAGAUUUGACCUCAAGUUCAAAGGUCUCAUUGGGUUUGCCAUGGCAUGUGCCGUAG